UUGCAAUAGGCUCAGCUGCUGACAACAAAGGGUCCAAACCAAAAGUGCUCGGGAGAUUUGCCGAGCAAUGACGCUGUGCCCCUCCAACAUCUCGCAUCAGGCUGAGCGACAAAGAGUCCCUUGAUAUCCGAAUCAUCAGUCCGACAUCCUGCACACCAUAUCCGCGAUGCUUCGAACCUGCACAGCCUUGCCUCUUAUCUGCAACCUCUUCUACAUAGCAGUGCCACUCUGUGCCGAGCUUGCGUAGUCCUUCUAGGCACCUCAAUUCCAGCGAGGCUGAGUCUUGAGACCCUUGGUCUUUGCGAACUUGGCAUCCGAUCAAACCGAGCGCGUCUGGGUCAAAACAACAACAUACCACGAACCUUACAUUCGAUGAUCUAAUUCUCCAAAUCCCAAUAGGUCCUUUGAUCAGAGAAAGGCAGAAAAGAUGUCUGUCCGAAUCCAACUCGAUAAUCCGCACGCCUUCUACACAAACCUCGAUUUCAUGUCAGGCCGAAUAAUCCUCUCCCUCACCUCAGACGAAAAUGUAUCUGCCAUCGUCGUCAAGCUGGAGGGCGAGUCAAGAACGGUUCUCAUGCGACCUAUGGGUCCUCAGCUUGGACAGCCAUUAUACCAGCAGCGUCAACAACGACGAGAAGGCGUUGCAACGGAGAACCACAAGAUCCUCUAUAAAGUCGCACAAGUAUUCCCAACCGUAGGACCCAACCAAGCUCCCAUGACGGGUAUGGCGUACACAUUAAGGGCAGGACAACACGAGUACCCAUUCCGGAUAAAAAUCCCCUUCAACAAUGGCUGUUCGGACCCGCAAACGCAGCAAAUGCAAAUGGGCGCUUUUGGAGGCUUUGGUCUAAGCGGCUUGCAACAAAUGCAAUAUCGACACGUCAAGAGGACAUUACCGCCAAGUCUGACGGGGUUCCCAGGAGAAGCGGAAAUUAGGUAUUACAUCAAGGUUACGGUCCAGAGACCAAGUCUGUUCAAGGAGAAUAGGAGGAAUGCUAUAGGUUUUAAAUUCUUGCCUAUUGAGCCCCCGAGGCCGGCGAAGACACAGAACGAGGUUUAUGCGAGGAGACCGUAUGAGUUUAAGGCGGGAUUAGCAGGGUACGGGAAGAAGAGUGCGAUGUUCAAGAAGAAGCCUACACAGAUGAGUGAUACGGCUCCGAAAGGAGAGGUCGAUGCCAGGUUACCCAGUCCGGCGGUCUUGACUUGCAAUGAACCGUUACCGUUGAGGAUCAUUGCGAGGAAGUUGAAUGAGAGUGCGGAACAUGUGUUCUUGACUAGUUUGCAGGUCCACCUUUUUGGGUUUACGGAGGUGAGGGCGCAGGAUGUGGUGAGGACGGAAACUAGUAAUUGGGUACUAUUAUCGACAAGUGGGCUUAGUAUCCCGAUUUCCGGUCCCAACGAUGAGUUGAGGAAGGAGACGGUGCUGGAUUCCAGUUUGUGGGAUAGGAUACCGCUGCCCAAUACGGUGGCACCUUCGUUUCAUACUUGUAAUCUUACGAGGAAGUAUGAAUUGGAAGUUAGGGUAGGGCUAGGGUAUGGCGUUCCAGGAGAAAUACAGCCGCAAACAAUAACCCUACCCCUCCGCUUCCAAAUCGAAAUCUAUUCUGGAAUCUCACCCCCAGAAGCUCUGCUCUCCGCUAUGGCUUCUCGUCCCACGGUCCCUGUUCGUCCUCAAGCUGUCCCACCAGCUCAAGCAAGCGAUCCUCUUUAUCCACCUCAAGCUCCUCCAAGUGGUCCAGCUGCAGACGAUGCACCGCCCAGCUAUGAAGAUGCAAUGGCGGAGGAUAUAUCGCCUGCAGAUGGACCAAGGAGAGAAUAUAGUGGUGUGACUGAUGUUAAUGCACCAGGAUUGGAUGAGAAAGGGGCUGCUGCGCCGAAAUACAGCGCUAUGCAAGGAAAUCCUGGACCGGGACCUGGUGGACCUGGAGUUGGGGGUAUUGUUUGAUGAGAUGAGAUGAGAUGAGAUGAGAUGAGAUGAGAUGAAGGAGGGGUAAUGAUAGACUGGGAGGUGGUAAUGAGAAGCUAGUCUUGGAUUGGAUGGAAGAGAAUGACAAUCAACAGGUGGUAUCAUGUGAUGUAUGAUUAUGAUGACUUCAUGAUAACGCGUUGAGUUUCAGGUUGACAGAAGCUCCUCAGAGGGCAUGGAGUUAAUACCCAAGAAGUUGCAGAGCACGAAGCACUCACUAAGGAAGAGUCUUUGAUAGGAUUGGCUCAAAUUGCUCAGACGAAGCCAAGGUAGACAGCUUAAUCCAUAACAGAGAAAACUAAGGCUAUGGUUAUUUCCACCAUCAGUCGAAGCUGUCUAACUCGGUUCGGGCUCUAUCAUCCAUGAUACACAAGGAAGAGGUCCAAUGAGCUCAGUAUAAUCCAAACAACCAUAAUUCAUAAC